AUGGAAGCGAGCGAACUAUACAAGAGCUACGAGACGGACUUUCUGCUGGCGCAAUCCGAGAUUGAGCAGAAGCUCGAGAGCAUUUCGACGCUCGAGCGAGACGCCCGAACAUCUGCCGUCAAGGCCGUUGAGCGAACCAUUGGCGAGGCCUACGAAAUUCUUGACCAACUCUCGGUUGAAAUCCAAAACAUCCCCUCGUCUGCGCGAGCACCUUUGUCUGCCAACCUGCGACAGUAUCGACAGUCAAUCCAGUCUGCUAAGAAGCAGCUUGCCAACGUGGAGCAGGCUGGCGCUCGAAAUGAGCUCUUUGGAGACAGAUCGGCGGCCGGCGACGGCGACAUUGCUCUCGACCAGCGACAGCAGCUUCUGUCUGGCCAGGAGUCCCUCGACCGAAGCUCGCAGCGAAUCAGAGACUCGCAACGAGUGGCCAACGAAACUGAGUCCAUUGGAGCCAACAUUCUGACCGACCUGCGGGGCCAGCGGGAACAGAUUCAAAACUCGAGAAACACAUUGCUGGAGGCAGAUGGCUACGUGGACAAGAGUAUUCGGACUCUGCGGUCCAUGACCCGUAGGAUGGCUAUGAACAAGGUGUUGACCUACCUGAUCAUUGCUGUGUUGGUGAUUCUCAUUCUGCUGGUUCUAGCCAGCAAGUUUUGGUAG